UCUCUGAGCAGGGAACAGUCAGCUGGCGUCUGCAGGCACUGUGAACUUCGUCAACUCCAGGUUAUACAACAUGUUUUCUUAGGGAACGACUUACCAGCAGCCAACUUCAUAAUGGACCCCGCUGGAGUUGGACUCUUCGUCAAGAAGCUGACAGACCUUAUGCGGCAAUCGACAACGUCGCUUUCAGAGUCCAUGAUCGUCAGGGUUUUAUUGUCUUAGGUGGCUAUCUAAAGUUAGCUAUUUGUUUGGAAAGUGGGUAACCACUAAUACUGCAGCAGAGAGAUGUCAUUACGGCAGACAUACCGUCGCUCUGUGACGAUUACUAAGCCGGACGAUGACUCGGACACGGAGGAGUCUAACGUGGAGCUGAGGAAGGCAGAGGCGCGGGAGUCUCAGAUCAUCCACAGUGGACACUUCAUGGUGUCCUCGCCUCACUGUGAACACCCGCCUAAGAAAGGCUACGACUUCGACACAGUCAACAAACAGACCUGUAAAACUUAUCACUUCGGUAAAGCGAGCACGUCCCAGUUCUCCAUCGACGCUUCACUCACAAAACUGUUCGAGUGCAUGACUCUGGCGUACAGUGGUAAACUGGUUUCUCCCAAGUGGAAAAACUUUAAGGGCCUGAAGCUGCUUUGGAGAGACAAAAUCCGCCUGAACAAUGCCAUAUGGAGGGCCUGGUACAUGCAGUACGUGGAGAGAAGGAAGAAUCCUGUCUGUCACUUCGUGACUCCCCUCGAUGGAAACACAGACUUAGAUGUCCAUCGUCCUGAGGGCAUUGUCACAGAGGGGAAAUGCUGGAAAAGAAGAAUUGAAAUUGUGAUCAGAGAAUAUCAUAAAUGGAGAACAUACUUUAAGAAAAGGUUGCACAAACACAAGGAUGACGACCUCUCCAGUUUGCUAAAGGGAAAACAGGAGCAGUUGUUGCUGUUUGGGGAAGUCUCUCCAGACAUGCUUCGUGUCUCCUUUAAUCAGGAUGAAGACACCGCUCUACGCCGGGUUCCUCGCAAGUAUGCUGAGACUCCAACUCCCAUGGAGAUGGACAACCUUUUUGACAUGGAUGUUCUCAUGUCGGAGUUUUCAGACACGUUGUUCUCCACGCUGGCCUCGCACCAGCCCAUGGCCUGGCCAAACCCCAGGGAGAUUGCUCACGCAGGAAACGCAGACAUGAUCCAACCAGGACUAAUCCCUUUACAGCCCAACCUGGACUUCAUGGACUCAUUCGAUCCCCUCCAAGACUUAUUUCACAGCCUCCGUCAGCCCGUCUUCCCCUCUGUUUCCCUCACUGCAUCAUCUGUUACCCCUCUGUCCAGCAGCAGUUCUCAGUCCCAGGGCCAGUUAUUGUCCUCCAUGCAGCUCACAACCAACCACAUCUCCCCCUCUGGACCUCUGCCCUUGCCCCCUCCUAUAGUUGGUCAAGCCAACCAAACAGUUGGUGGUGGUUCAGGGGGCAGUGGUGGUGCUGACCAUGGUGCCUAUGUCCAUGACUACAUGCCAAUGUUCCCAGGGCAGGUAGUCCAAGAUGAAGCUGUAGCACCAUCAGUGAUCACACACACAGCCUCCUCUAUGGUCACGCACAGCGAUGCAGCAACCACCAUCUGCCAUGGCUCAGAGUACGACUCCAUGUCCACGCAGCCCCCACCGUCCCAGCUCCAGACCCUCACUCCACUACACUCUGCUCCUGUUCAGCAGUCUUUUGCACUACCUCGUCCACCUCAGCCAUCCAGUGCCAACACAAACCGACUGGUGCAAAGAAUCGCUCAUGCUAAUUCCCUCCCUCCCUCUCAGCUUGUCUUCACAGCUCCAUUCACAGGUCGCAGCAACACUUUGAUUGUUACACCUACACCUCUGAAAGCAGACGAUAUUCCCAAGUCUGCAGUGGUCAUCGCUCCGUCUCAUUUAGGAGGGGCUCCUGGUUUUCAGGUUGUUCCUCGGAAGCAGAAAUCUCCUCAGCCUAUUAUCCCAAAUCAGAAGCCUUGUUCUUCCAAUCGGAAAAGUCCCCAAAUCUCCUCCACUGUCGCUUCCAAUCAGCCACCAUCAGGGGUGUCCUGUGUAUUAGACCAAAUCCCCAGUCCACAGUCUCUUAUCAGCAGCAGCACUGCUCUGGUGAAAAGUGAACAAAAUCAGCCCCCACCGUCCCAGCUUCAGACCCUCACUCCACUACACUCUGCUCCUGUUCAGCAGUCUUUUGCACUACCUCGUCCACCUCAGCCAUCCAGUGCCAACACAAACCGACUGGUGCAAAGAAUCGCUCAUGCUAAUUCCCUCCCUCCCUCUCAGCUUGUCUUCACAGCUCCAUUCACAGGUCACAGCAACACUUUGAUUGUUACACCUACACCUCUGAAAGCAGAUGAUGUUCCCAACCCUGGAGUGGUCAUCGCUCCCUUUUAUUUAGGAGGGGCUCCUGGUUUUCAGGUUGUUCCUCGGAAGCAGAAAUCUCCUCAGCCUAUUAUCCCAAAUCAGAAGCCUUGUUCUUCCAAUCGGAAAAGUCCCCAAAUCUCCUCCACUGUCGCUUCCAAUCAGCCACCAUCAGGGGUGUCCUGUGUAUUAGACCAAAUCCCCAGUCCACAGUCUCUUAUCAGCAGCAGCACUGCUCUGGUGAAAAGUGAACAAAAUCAGAGCCGGAGGACAAAACACAUAUCUGCUGAGCAAAAAAGACGAUCAAACAUAAACAUUGGUUUUGAAACGCUCUGCUCGCUGGUGCCUACACUGAAGUCCCAGUCAAAUAUCAGCAAUGCCAUCACACUGCAAAUUGGGAAGCUGCAGCAGGAGAGGCAGCAGAUGCAGGAGGAGGUUAGGAGACUGCGGGAGGAGAUAGAGGAACUCAACAACUCAAUUGGCUUCUGUCAGAAGCAGCUGCCUGCAACCGGGGUUCCAGUCAGAAUGAACCACUUGAGCCAAAUGCAGGAACAGUUCAAUGAAUACGUGAAGAACCGAACUCUUCAGAACUGGAAGUUCUGGAUCUUCAGCAUCAUCUUCAAGCCCCUUUUUGACUCCUUUAACGGGAUGGUGUCGACGACAAGCAAAGAGGAACUGUACCAGACCACGCUGCAGUGGCUCGAUCGUCACUGUUCACUUCCAGUGCUCAGACCCAUGGUGCUGAACACUCUGUGCCAGCUAAGCACGACUACAGCCAUCCUCAGUGACCCCUCCUUGUUGCCUGAAGAAGCCGUGCAGGCCGUUUCCCAAGGAGAUAUGUAGCUGGGGGGGGGGAAGUGGAAGGAGCAGCCGCAAACGCAGCGUCGUUUCGCCCUAAAUCACCAGAGCCAGACCAGCCUCUCCUCCAAAGGUCCAUCCUUUAUCAGAAACUGAUAAAGGGUGCUGGUAUGGUGUAUGUGAGAUUCUCAUACAUUGUCCUCCUGUACGUACAUUAUCUGAAAAUGACACACACACUCGAACCUUCUGACUUUUAUAAUUAUUGUGCAAAGAAAUGGCUUUUUAUCAUUGUUAUUGAUUGAUCUUCUAAAUACUGGGUUGGAAGAAGGUACUUGGGGUUUGCCUUUUGAACAACAGUGUUUUUUUAAAAAUAUGGAUUACUUUUAUAGUGUGCAAAGACAGCAUUAUAUGAAACAAAAAGGGAAAUGUUGAGUUGGUUGUUUUUUUUUUCCUUUUUGUCAGAUGUAAAAUAAAUGGAUGGAUUUUUUUUGGAAUAGAUUAUAGCAUAGUUUGCUUUGUUUCUCAAUAAGGUUUUUUAAAAUUAAAUCUGAAAAGUGAGAUAAAGACAGAGUUUUCAGAGAACAAAAAUAAAAGUAAAAUAAAAUAUUCAGACUCAAGUGAUGCUGUUCUUAAAUCUCAGAUAACAGUGCUUGUACUUUAUUGUACACAGUAUUUGGAAAAACACUUUUACCAAAUUUUGUCAUUUCUCAGUUUUCCUCUGUUCAGUAUUGGUUUUGUUUUAAUGAAAGCACAGUAGCUCUCUAAACUCAGGGCUGCAUCAUUGUUUUACGGUCAGUAAAUCAGAUGUCAAUCUUUCUCAACUAAUGACACUUUUCUUGCAGAGUACUGUGUAUUGUUGUUGUUUUUGUUUUAUUAGCAGCCACAAACAUAAGCAUCAGGGGAAGCCAUGUCAACCAUCGCUGAUGUUUUUGUUUUGUUGCCACAAACACAAAGAACAAUUUCCACAAAACCACUUAGUCACCCUGUGUGACACAGAUCAGCUGUGACUUCUUUUCUCUUUGACGCUCCUCAGGUAGACUAAGAUUUAGUUGAUCUUUUUCUCUCUCUUUUUUUUCUCUCACUCUUUCUCUCUCACUCUCUUUCUCUCUCUCUUUCAACUGGUUCACAGUCGGUAGCAGACACUAAGCACUCGUUAUUCUUCAACACUUCUUCUGCAAACAGCAUUGCAGCCAUUUUUGACAGUGUUGCAGACCGAAAUGCUAAGCGCUUGUUUUACCUGGAUAUAUUUAUUACUACUGUAAAGAAAACAAUGCAACUCUGAAAGCAGCGAUGAAUGUUCCUUAAAAAUUGUGUUCUUCUUGUUCUUCUCCCAUUAUAUUAUGGUUGGUUUUUUUUGUGUGAAAAUGUUUUAUUUGCUGCACGAUUGAAGCCUUAAAGUCCACAAUGUUUGACAAAUCAGGAUGAAUUUUCACCUUUUAGAUUUCUGAGUUGCUGAGACUGUUUUGCAGUGGAUCGUUUACAGGCAAUACUAAGGCUGUUUGAAUGUUUUAGCAAAUAAAAAUAUUUUAUUUUGUCACCCAUGGCCGGUAAAUCAGCUUCUUCAAAAGGGCUUUAAAAAUGAGACGCAAUUAAAGGAAGAAAAACGAAA